GCUAACGUUUCAUUCAUACCCUCCUUAUGAUUUUCACAUUAGUUUCAAUUCAUUUAUCAGGAAAAAAGCUGCACACUGCACCGCUUUUCUUCUCACAAACAACUAAUUAAUUAGUGCAGUUAAGCUGCAGAUAAUUGCUCAAAAGUUAAAUAGCUUUUUAAAUUAAUGUGCCUUAAAAUAAUAAGAAUGUGAAAACAUUGUACAUAUAAUUAGUUGAUUUCAUUGGUCACAUUAAUUUUUUUUAUAGCAAGUUCAGCUUAUGGAUUCAGCUCAUUGUUCUUCUAUGUUGCAAGCCUUAUUUUUCUUAGCAUUUGUUUGGUUCUUUAACUAUGAAAGUGUUGAUGGAGCAUCCAGUACAGUGAAAAUGGGGAAUUUUUCAAAAGUUGAAGAUGCUGUUAACUUCCAUAUUUACUAUGGCCAGACCUUCAAAGUCAUUAAAAAUGCUGUUGAUGGCCAGAGCUACCUUCUUCUUCAGAAUAACUCAAGGAUUGCAUCAAGGACUAAAUAUUGCACUUCAAGAAUCAAAUCAUUUGUCAUACCAUUGUCAAACUUCUCUGUUGAUACAGAUUCUUUUCCUGUUUCCUUCUUAGAGCAUUUAGGUUUAUUAGAGAGCUUGAAAGGCAUAACCUCAGAUACUGUGGCUGCUCCAUGUGUGUUGAAAUUGUAUAAAGAAGGACAGAUUGAAAAGCUGAACAAAAGUGAUUAUCAAAUGCUUACACAGUUUUCUGCACACUUCUUUAGUGACACUAAUCAACAGCCAGCUUGCAAUUUUGCAACUUCAGUUCCUUUUUCUGAGGAUACCCCUUUGCAGAGAGCAGAAUGGAUCAAAUUCAUGGGAGCUUUUGCAAAUGUUGAAGCUAGAGCGAAUCAAGUCUAUACUACAGUUAAGGAGAACUAUUUGUGUUUGGCUGAAAUUGCAAAAACUAGAACUUCAUUCAAGCCAACUGUAGCAUGGAUGAAAUAUGAUGAUGGUGUUUGGUCUUUUACAAAGGAACCAUAUAAUUUGAAGUAUGUGGAAGAUGCAGGGGGAGAGAUUUUGGAUGCCUCUAUAAACAAGCACACAUACAAUGUCUCUGAUCCUGAUGACUUGGAGGAAUUGCAUGCAAUCCUAUGUACUGUGGAAGUAGUGAUUGAUGAAACAUUAACAUAUGAUCCAGUUAACUACACGUCAUCAACAUUUAUCCAAAAUCUAAAUGUUGAAGACCGUUCUUGUUUUUCCUUUCUUACAAAUACAAGCCUAUGGAGAUAUGACAAACGGAUUCAAAGUUCAUCUCUUGACUGGUACAAUGGAGCAGUUUCUCAACCUCAAUUGGUAUUAGCAGAUCUUAUUGAAGUUUUAUUUCCAACUGGAAAUUACACCAUGACUUAUUUUAGGAACCUUGUAAAGGGAGAAACACCUAUAAAUAUUGGUCCUGAAAUGUGUGACAGGGACACCUCCUCUACAAUGGAUCCUACUAUAGUACCAUGUGGAUGAUUUAUCUUUCAAGUUCUAAAUUAGGUGGAUUUAUUAAAAUUAAAACUAUUCUUUUUUUUUUUAAAUUCCUUUUUUUUUAUUUUAAUAUAGGAUUUAUACUUUUAUUUUUACUAAUUUAUGAUUUCGAUCAAUAGUUUUUAUACACUAAUUUUAUCUUCGAUUCGCCACCA